AUGGCGGUGUCUCCUGUCAGUAGGGUGUCCAACAUGCGAGCUAUUUCACGGCGAGUUUUCACAGGAGUGGGAGUGGGCAUUUUGCUGUUACUUGUAGGAGCGACAGCUUUAUUCAAGGAGAAGAUCAGCAGUCCUCCGUACGCUCAGGUUUUUGCAUCUAGGUCUUCUGCUGAUGUUACGCUCUUCUCUGGAGCCAAGAGCGAACUGAAGCAUACUUUUGACCUGAGUUUCGAUGGUGUGGCUGGUAAUCCUAAGGACUGUGCCAAAAAUAAUGAUGAUGUCUGCGUCCGUUGGGAGAAGUCAGGUCAGCUACUUAUUACCAAGGCACCUAAAGAGGGAAUGUGGACUGUGAGCAUAGAAGCAGAACAACCUUUCCACGUCUGCUUCCCGCUGGAAGGCCACCAACUCUACGGAGGAAUGGUUUUGGAUAAAUAUCCAGCCCAACGUGUCAAUUUCACACAGAUUCCAUUUUAUACCGGAGAUUAUAGCAGAGCCGGCAGAGUUCAGAGUGUUCUGGAAAGGUACUGGUACACCUCAGGUGGUUUGAACGUUAGGGUGGAUCCAGAGGUUCCUCUAUUUGUUAGUCAGGACGAAGCACAUCUUUGCCUCACAGCCAAAAAUGAAUUCCCCUAUUCAAAGGAAUCCCCCAUCAGCAUGAUUUAUACCACCUGCGGUAAUACUGCAAAUAUAAGAGAGGCCUUAAAAUGCUUCUUCCCAUCCUAUGACAAGCCUAUACCACCAACAAAAGUAAUCGCUGACCCCAUCUGGUCAACGUGGGUUGAAUAUGAAAGACCAAUUGACCAAAAGAAAUUCAUACAAUUCGAAAAAGACAUCGCCAGCCAUGGAUUCAACGCCAGUGUUAUUGAAUUAGACGAUGCUUGGGAAACAUGCUACGGAACUCAGAUAUUUGACUUGAAGAAAUUCCCAGACCCAAAAGCAAUGGUUGAUGAGAUCCAUGCUAAAGGACACCUUGUUACUUUGUGGGUUCAUCCUUUCCUCGGACCAGGAUGCCCUCCGAACAUGUAUGAAAAAUACAGCCAACACCUUAUGAAGUACCCCAAUGGUUCAGUGGGUAUAACAUCUUGGUGGAAUGGAGAAGGAGCUGCACUUUAUGAUUUCCUCAAUCCUCAAGCUACAGAAUGGUACACUAAAAGAUUACAGGGCAUUUUGGACAAUUACGGUUUCGAUGGCUUCAAAUUCGAUGCUGGUGAAGCAGCUUAUAUUCCAGGAAUGAGCAUGAAAGAGCAAGCAGUUACCCUACAUCGGCCAAACCAAUACACUACCAACUAUAUCGAAAUGACUUCUCAGUUUGGUACCCUAACAGAAGCGAGAGUUGGCUCAGAAUCUUUCCAAUACAAAAUCAUGCAGAGGCUUCAAGAUACCAAUUCCAUUUGGAGUUCAGAAAACUUGGGACUGCGCUCAGUUAUUAAAUCAGUUCUUCAGCUUUCCCUGUUGGGCUACGGAGCUAUCCUACCCGACAUGGUUGGAGGAAAUUGCUACAACGACAAGCCUUCCAAAGAGCUCUUCAUAAGAUGGAUACAAGUCAACACCUUCCUCCCUGUCAUUCAGUUCUCUCUCAGUCCGUGGUCUUUUGACAAUGAGACCGUACAAAUCACAAGAAAGUUCACUGCUUUGCACCAUGCUUAUACAGAACGAAUCUUAAAGGAAUUCAAAGACCCCCGUCAUCCAGUUAUCAAUCCCAUCUGGUGGAUUGAUCCCGAAGAUAAAAUCGCUCUCGUAACCAGCUCAGAGUUCCUGUUGGGAGAAGAUUUGUUGGUAGCCCCUGUUCUUGAGCAAGGUGCAACGACCAGAGAUAUUUACCUGCCUCGUGGUACAUGGAGGGACGAGAACACUGGAAAGGUGUAUACAGGCCCAACUACUCUCAGGAAAUACAAUGCUCCUUUGGAGGUCUUACCAUACUUCGAAAGGAUCAAAGCUUAA